AUGGCCAAGAUUAACACCCAGUAUUCCCACCCCAACCCGCCCGGCCCUUGGGUGAGGGCCACAGACAGCGAUCUUGAUCACCUGGAAAACGGCCUGAGCAGCGGGGGGCGCAGCCUGAGCCAGGACCUGGCAGGAGGCCAGCGCUUUCCUCUCCCUCCUCUGUGCACUGACUGCCGUCCGUGCCCUUCCAGGCUGUGGCGCCUCAUCGUCUCACUGCGCAUAUGGGCUUCCAGACACGCGCACCACCGGGACCAGCGUCCGGACGCUUUCCUGGAGCGUUUCCGCGGUGCUGAGCUCAAGGAGGUGUCCAGCCGAGAAAGCAAUGCCCGGAGCCAGGGCGGCCAGGAGCCAGCAGACAGCGAGAGAAGCAAAGUCCCAUUGGCAAAAAGCAACGCCAACACCUGCAGCAGCUCAGAGGCGGACAAGGCAAGAAAGGAGAAAGAGGAAAGGGAGGAAGGAAAGCUGCCUCAAACAAGAGGAAAGGACGCCGUGGUGCUGGACCCCUCCAGCAACGUGUACUACCGCGGGUUGACCGUCAUCGCCCUGCCUGUUUUAUACAACUGGUGUUUGUUGGUGUGCAGGGCCUGUUUCGACGAGCUGCAGUCCGAGCACCUGGUGCUGUGGCUGGUCCUGGACUACUCGGCGGACGUCCUCUACGGCCUGGACGUGCUGGUGCGCGCCCGGACAGGCUUCCUCGAGCAAGGCUUGAUGGUCAGGGAUGCCAAGAGGCUGUGGCGGCAUUACACAGAGACCUUGCAGUUCAAGCUGGACGUGUUGUCCCUCGUCCCCACAGACCUGGCUUAUUUCAAGCUGGGCAUCAACUACCCGGAGCUGAGGUUCAACCGCCUGCUGAAGUUUGCCCGGCUCUUUGAGUUCUUUGACCGCACAGAGACGAGGACCAGCUACCCCAAUGUCUUCAGGAUCGGGAACCUGGUUUUGUACAUCCUCGUCAUCAUCCACUGGAACGCCUGCAUCUACUUCGCCAUUUCCAAGUUCAUUGGUUUCGGGACAGACUCUUGGGUCUACCCCAACAUCUCAAACCCGGAGUACGGGCGCCUCUCCAGGAAGUACAUCUACAGUCUCUACUGGUCCACCUUGACCCUCACCACCAUCGGUGAGACGCCACCCCCUGUGAAAGACGAGGAGUACCUCUUUGUCGUCGUAGACUUCCUGGUGGGCGUCCUGAUUUUUGCCACCAUCGUGGGCAACGUGGGCUCCAUGAUCUCAAACAUGAACGCCUCCCGGACUGAGUUCCAGGCCAAGAUCGACUCCAUCAAACAGUACAUGCAGCUCCGCAAGGUGACCAAGGACUUGGAGACGCGGGUCAUCCGGUGGUUCGACUACCUGUGGGCCAACCGCAAGACGGUGGACGAGAAGGAGGUGCUCAAGAGCCUCCCGGACAAGCUGAAGGCCGAGAUCGCCAUCAACGUGCACCUGGACACCCUGAAGAAGGUCCGCAUCUUCCAGGACUGCGAGGCGGGGCUCCUGGUGGAGCUCGUGCUGAAGCUGCGGCCCGCGGUGUUCAGCCCCGGGGACUACAUCUGCAAGAAGGGCGACAUCGGGAGGGAGAUGUACAUCAUCAAGGAGGGCAAGCUGGCAGUGGUGGCCGACGAUGGGCUCACCCAGUUCGUGGUCCUCAGUGACGGGAGUUACUUUGGGGAGAUCAGCAUCUUAAACAUCAAGGGGAGCAAGUCAGGGAACCGCAGGACGGCCAACAUCCGCAGCAUCGGCUACUCGGACCUGUUCUGCCUUUCCAAGGAUGACCUGAUGGAGGCGCUCACCGAAUACCCUGACGCCAAGAAGGCCCUGGAGGAGAAGGGACGGCAGAUCCUCAUGAAGGACAACCUGAUUGACGAGGACCUGGCCAAGGCCGGGGCAGACCCCCAGGACAUCGAGGAGAAGGUGGAGCACCUGGAGUCCUCCCUGGACACCCUGCAGACCAGGUUCGCGCGGCUCCUGGCCGAGUACAGUGCCAGCCAGAUGGCGGUGAAGCAGCGCCUCAGCCAACUGGAAAGCCAGGUACAGCUCUGUGGGCGCAGCCCCCUGCCUGAGGGGGUCGCACCGGAACCAGAGACCAAGCAGCCGUGA